CUGGCCCAAAAACCUACAAACAAGAAAUCCGUCUCUUUUGAGCAAACAAAAAGCGGCCGGAGGUGUCCGACACCGAACUGUUUUGUUUUAGCAUAUUUUUCCGAUGAAGAAUCCGAAGCAGCUCAACCCCAACUGGGCUCAACUCCGUCAAAAAUUAGGUUACUCGAACAAAUCAGCAACAGAGACCCAACAUACCAUUUUAGGAAAACGUAAAGAGAGGUCUGAUAAUGAUAAUGAGGAGGCAAGUGAUGCUGAAUUGAAUGUACUUACUCCUACUUCAUCAGACUCAAGUAUUACAACCGAGAUAGCCAUGGAUUGUGAAAUGGUCGGUGUCAGCCCUCUAGGAAACAAAAGCGCUCUUGGAAGAGUUACACUGGUAAAUAAGUUUGGAAAUGUUAUAUAUGAUGAGCAUGUUCGUCCAGUUGAUCGUGUGGUUGACUUUCGCACUCAAAUAAGUGGUAUCCGACCCCGUGACUUGAAAAAAGCGAAGGAUUUCCGUAUUGUUCAGAAGGAAGUAGCGGAAUUGCUCAAAGGGAAGAUCCUUGUUGGCCACGCGUUGCGCAACGAUCUUAAGGCGUUGUUAUUAAGUCAUCCAAAGAAGGAUAUACGAGACACCGCAGAGUAUCAACCGUUUCUAAAAGAAGGGCGUAGCAAAGCACUUAGACAUCUUGCAGUCGAAGUCCUUGGUGUCAAGAUUCAAAAUGGCGAGCAUUGUCCUAUAGAAGAUGCUCGUGCUGCGAUGAUGCUUUACGUUAAGAAAAGGCGGGAAUGGGAAAAAAGUGUCAAAGAUUUAGUAAAGAUGAAGUUAAAGCAGAAGAAACGUAAACCGAAGAAACAGAGAAAAGAAGGUUCAACAGCAGCUUAAAAUCGCCAUCAAAACUUUCUUCGUACCAACAAAUCUUUAAAAAAAAACUAGUGAUAUUGUUCCUUCAGUGAUCAAGAAUCUCGAUUAGUUGUACCAAGUGUCUAAGCAUUUAAUAGGCUGAUUUAAGCCCAAGUUUUGUUGUGCUCGAACUCAAAAAGAACAAUGAACUUAAGAAAAAGAGUGAAGUCUUUUUUAUUUAUAUUGUCACCCAAUUAAUUGAGGACAGUUGCAUAA